CCCAAACCCCGCAGGCCAAUAACGGCCCCGACUUUUCUAAUUCCGUGCCCCGCCCCGCCCUUGACGCUCUUCUUUCCGGCCGCUGCCGGUAGGCCGGAACAAGUGGGGGUUUCUCCGGAGAUGCCACCGCAAAGACAUGCCAUAUUACCGAACAAGCUCCUUAUCGCGUGAUUCAAUGUUUGGCAUUUCCUCGGAUCGUGGAAGCACAGAGAGUCUGCUUUCUCGUAGUUAGCAAUGUUUCUUGAUGGCCUAUAUGCAUGACUUUCGUACCUGCGUUUUGUAGUGCGCAAAGCAUUAGAUGAUGGGGGCCUUGACCCCAAAGCGCUUUACAAAUAAAUCGUUAUUAGACUGAAGAACUUCGUCUGUCUUGGCAUUCCAUUCAAGCGAAAACUGAGCAUACUAGGCCUGGACGGUUGAUUUUGGAAUAUUUUUAAGCUUCAGCUUAGUCAAGUAACGGUGCAAAUAUUCAACAGCAUCGCUCGCAUCGUAUGACUCAGGAGUAUGAAGCCCAGCUCCAGAAAGGCGGUCGAUCUUACAGCAGAAUGCAUAUUCCCAAGGCGCAGCGAGUACAGUUGAGCCAGGCUCCUCGAAAAUGACUUCCCGCUGUUCAUAUGCUUGCUGCGAGAGCGUUCGUUGUUUAUCCUUUGGGAUAAAGAAUACAGUGCGGUUGUUGAGCCAGUCUGAAGUCAAUGUCUUGUCCUUCUUUGAUGCAGACCGGAUGCCCGCCACAAGGUGCUCGAAGUCUUCAGGUGUCAGAUUGUCGUUGAAGAAGUCGACAUCGUGCGCAGCCUCACGAGACUGCAGAUAAAUGGUGUUGACUGCGCCGCCAACAGCGAUGAUGGUGACGUUUCCAUGUUUCUUGUUGAUCGCAGCCGCCACGUUUGAAAGAGCUGCAAGGAGAGUUGCACGUCGAAAGUUUGGAGCUGGAACAUCAUGACCAGGCGUCUUCUGGGGAAUUAGCUCGCGCAGUGUAUCUGCACCUCUUCUCUGCGUCCACCUGGACGCAGCCUGUCCCAUGGUGCUGUCGUCGUGCAAAAUACAAGCUGUUUAAAUGAUUAUGGGUGAUGACCAAAGUUGAUGCAGAUAUUAGAAUGGGAGGCUAGGUAAUUCAGAGGCGUUAGGCAGAACAUUGCAGCUGUGAGCCAGUGCCGGUCAAAGGUGUUGAUUCAUGCUCUAGAAAUUCACGUAUGGUCAAAAAGAAGCGUCCACCAUGCCUUGUCUUCCAGCAAUCCGUGCUGUCUACCAGAACCUCAACUGUCUCUCCUCUUCUGGCCAAAUGCACGAUGCUCCGAAAGUUGCUUGGUUGCUCGAUCAACGACAUGAGCGCCAGGGAAAGCCAGCUCUUACCAAGGGAAAGAACCCUGUCGCGUCCCUCUACCGAAUGUACGAGUACCUCGUCGUUGGACAUACCGCCGGGCUUCGCUCUGAGAUGGAGUACUUCUUCAACCAAUCUACAUGGUCUGUGAAGGCUAUCCCGGAUCCUGAAGAUACAGACCCAGCCCGCUAUGCGAUCCUUGCUGUUCUCACCCACUACCUCGCAAAGGUCUUCAACCGACUCAUCGAAAGAGGCUUACCACGGGGAUGUCCUGCGAUCAUUGCUGGUGCAGAAGCCGAGGCGGAACUGCGUGCCCGUGAAGUAGUUCUUGAACUUCAACCAUCCUGGGCCAAGGCUGUGCGUCGUCUGGAUGAGCCAAUCACCAUCCCAAACUCUUCUGGUGAAAUGCCAGAGGACAGAUUCCGAAGCGCUGAGUUUCUGGCUAUGAACAUAAUUGUUACUGAGCCACAUGUGGCCUUUGUUUAGGGCGGAAAUCAAGGCACUCAGGUGCUCUUUUAGUCACUUCGACAAGAUAAUUAAAUAAUAACUUUGAUUGGUUGUCUCUUCUCAUUAUCUCUUAGUCCGCCGACCAUUGCUGGGUUCACAAGCUGACAGGUCGUCGUCACCUGCUUCUUUCUCAUUGGUAGCGAUCUCAAAAACUCCUUGAAUAGCUUCAUUAAACUCCAUAAGUUUCCAUCACAUAAAGCCUUCUCAUAUGUCUUCUGCAGUCUAUCAAAAACCACAGAUUCCUGCCCAUAUCCUUCAUGUACAUGCCCGAAAACAUGCAGCAGAGGACGGGUGCGCCAAAGCGCUUGAAGAAGAUAAUAACAUCCGAGAUUAAGAUCGAGAUGGGCAAAAGGAGGGCCGUGAGUGACGAGAACAUCAAUAUCGUUCGGAACAGUACCUGACCAAACAUCUUUGCUUCGCGGGUAUUGAAACGACCAGUUUCCGUGGCGAGGUGAUAGAGGGCAUCCAUAUAUCUUCAAACUUCGUCCGCUGUCGCAGGCAACGGUUGUGGUCUCAUUCUCAAGAUAAACGCAGUCUCCCCAGUCUAGGCAUUCUCUUUCAGCUGCUGCUUGCCCCCGACGAUCACAGCCUUGAUCGAGCAGUAAGUCGUGGUUUCCUGCCACGACAACCUUAUGUGUGUGUGGUUGAGAGUUGAGCCAAGCAAUAGUAGCCUUUAGCUCCCCUAACGAUCCUGACUGUGUAAGAUCUCCGGCGUGAAUGAGUAUAUCUCCGAAGGGCAGAUGAGGUUGAGAAUUAUGCGUGUCUGAUAUGCACACAAUAGAGAUGGGAUUUGCGGGAGGCUCGCGGAUAAUGCGACGACGAGUGUAUAAGAAAUGCGCAAGAAAUAUGCACGGGUUAGACCAGAAUUCUUGCCAUUUGGUGGGACGUGGACGAUUCAACAAUACGUCGAGGUCGGUUUUCUGUGUGCCGAAAAGCAUGCUGUUGGUGAGUAAUGGAUGAAGCACAGAAAACAAAAUGCUUCUGAGAAUAAUGGUACAUACCUUAUGUGAGAAGGUAACUUACCUUUAGGUUUG